AUGCCAAGUUUUGCAUCAAAUGUAUUGGCCGACGUCCUGGCUCCUGAGAGCAAGGCGUUAUGGCAGGCGUCUGAUCGGGCGUCAUGGGUGGCGGAGUAUAACCGUCAUUUGGCUGAGUGGCCGGAUGGGAUGGUGGUCAUGGGUGAAUUUUGGCGGUCUCCUGAGGCCGGAUCUGAGCAGAAAUCUGGGCGCAUUGAGCGGUGGUUGAGAUCGGCAGAUGAGUUUGGGAUGAUGCUUUUGGCGGUGACGGCGCAUCUUCGUGGGUGUUGA